AUGACAGGUACAUCCAAGUAUAAGCUAAACCACACCAUGCUCAGGGUUAAAAACCCUGAGGCAAGCGUCAAGUUCUAUAAGCAACUUGGCAUGUCUGUGCUACAAGAGUUUAGAUUCCCAGAUUUCAAGCUUGAUUUGUAUUUUCUUGCCUACGACAAUCAAGGAUCCGUCUCACAGGGGAGACAUAUGAGUGAUCGAGAAGGGGUCAUCGAACUUAGCUACAAUUAUGACGUUGAGAGAACACAUAAUGGAAACAUGGAUCCCAAAGGUUUCGGCCAUAUCUGUGUCUCGGUAUAUGAUCUGGAGUCUGCCUGCGAUCGAUUAUCCAAAGCAGGAUUCCACCAUCAACAGUCUCAACACGGGUUUACUUAUGUCCUGGAUCCAGAUGAGUACUGGGUGAAGCUCAUCUCACAGAAUGAUGCGGUUACAAAUCCGGAACCCAAGACAACCAACAUUGAGAAAUAUAGGUUCAAUCAUACCAUGCUUCGUGUCAAGGACAAGAACGCUUCUCUCGAAUAUUAUCAAAAUGUAUUUGGCAUGAUGCUGCAUCACACUCACCACAAUCUCGACCAAAAUUAUGAAAGUUUCUUCCUCGGAUACUGCAAGCCUAAACUGGGCAAAGAAGUUUCCGAACCUAAUCCUGAUCCGCUUCAAGAAACGUUACUCGAGUUGGUUUAUAUCCCCGGGAGCGAGGAACAUGUGCAAUACCACAAUGGUAAUACUGACCCAGAAGGGUUCGGCCAUAUUUGUGUCUCUGUGGAUGAUAUUCAAGAAGCGUGUAAACGAUUCGAAGAGAAGGGGGUUCGCUGGCACAAACGUCUCGAAGAUGGGCCGUUCAGGAUCGCAUUUAUCCAGGAUCCAGAUGAUUAUUGGAUAGAAAUCAUACAGAACGAAAGCUACAAGCCAGCAGGACAUAACAUGUAA